GGUCCCCGAGGCUCCGUCCAGACAUGCUGAGCGACGACACGGUGGCCGUGUGGGAGGUGGCGCUGAGCGACGGCGUCUUCAGGAUCGAGUUCGCUCACGGGACCACCACCGGGAAACGCAUCGUUUGCAUCAACGGGAAGGAAGUCAUCAGAAAAGACUGGAUGUUCAAGCUGGUGGGGAAGGAGACCUUCACGGUGGGGAGCUCCGAGACCAAGGCCACCAUCUACAUCGAGGCCGUCAGCGGCUUCGCCUACGAGUACUCCCUGGAGGUGGACGGCAAGAGCCUGCAGAAGUUCACCGACAGCCGCGCCAAGAUCACCAAGACGUGGCUGCUGAAGGCGGACGGCGAGGACUACCGGGUGGUGCUGGAGAAGGACACCAUGGACGUUUGGUGCAACGGAGAGAAGAUGAACACUACGUGGGAGUUCGUGGACGACGGCACGGAGGCCGUCUUCCCCGUGGGGGAGCACGAGUGCUGCAUCAAGGCCACGAGCAGCGGCGGGAGGAGGAAGAGCGGCGGCAUCGUGCACUGCUUGCUGCUGGACGGACAGAAAGUGGCAGCCUCCGCACAAUAG